GGAAAACAGGUGUGAGACGAAUGUCUUUGAAGUGAUGCCGAGCUUCAUUGAGAUGGAUGCAGCAGUCUGUCUCGCACUCCUCCUGCUUGGGAGUUCUGUCCAUUUGGGUGUGAUGGGAUUCAGCACUGGGUCGCCCCCAUCUCUGUGUGAUCCCAUGAGGCUUUGGCACAACUCAACCUCCGCCCAGACCACAGCUGCGCCUUACACCGUGACGGCCUAUCCAGCUACUUACAAGCCAGGAGAUCAGAUCACAGUGAGUCUGCGUGGGAGUCCAGACAGUUUCCAGGGAUUCCUCCUUCAGGCUCAGGAGGUUGGGGGAAACGAUUCUGUUGGGUCCUUCACUGUGACUGAUUCUGCAACCAGUCGGCUGAUUGCUUGCGGUGGCAUGAUGAAUUCUACUGUGACUCAGGCAAGCGACAGCAUGAAAACCUUGGUUGUCGUCACCUGGACAGCACCCACCUCUGGCUCUCUUGGGGACAUUGAAUUCAGGGCAACAUUUGUGAAGGUGUUGGGCGUGUUUUGGGAAGAUGUGAAAAGCUCGCCAGUUCGGGAAGAAGCGACUCUUGCUCCUUCAACCAUAUUUGGAACCCUAACUGCACCCAUUACCAGGGACAGCUGUGGACGGACUAAAUCCUGCUUUGAGCUUCCUUCAGGCUGUGACCCGGCCUCCGAUGGAGACUGCCUCUUUGCGUCUGCCACAGCGGACCCAGCAGGACGCGGCGGCGUCUUUAUCGAGCUCCAAGGCAACUCCAGCGGUUACAUCGCCAUCAUCGGGCUACCUGGCAACCUCAGCAUGGGAGAUGCCUUUGUGUGUGCCCAGCCUGAGAACGCCACCUUCUGGUUCGUGCAUGCCGCGUUUGAUGGGUCCUCCCUGCAGGAGAAGGCUGAGGCGGGUGUUGAUACCAUUAAAGGUUCUGUGGAAGAUGACCUCAUUAAGUGCUCCUUCAUCGUGCGAGAUCUCCUGGAACACAAAAGCGGAGUUGUCUCUUUGGCUGUUGGGAUGUUUGCAAAUGGAACGCUUGGUGAUCCCGACGUACAGCUCACCACGAAUGUCACAGUGGAUCUUCUGCAGUUCGCGUUUCAUGAAUUGACCAGCGUUCCGGUUUCCAGCACCUCGUCAGCUUUCUUCAGCACUACACCACCCUCAACUGCUGUUCAUUCAACUACAAUUGGCAACUUUACUGGGUCCAUCACCAGUGAUGGCUGCCAACAGACUAAGACCUGCCUGGCAGUGCCGAAAGGUUGUGAUCCAGCCAAUAUGGGCAACUGUCUCUUUGUGUCCACUGCCUACCUUCCUGACCAAGCCGAUGACAUCUUCUUUGAGCUUCAGGGCCUGUCUGGGGGCUACAUCGCUGCUAUCUUAUCUGCAGACAAUCAGACGGGAACUGCGUUUGUGUGCACUCGUGAGGAGAACUCCACGUUCGGGUUCCUCUGCGCCAGUUACAAUGGGUCAGUCCUGACGGAGAAAAGCCAGAACAACAUCGCGUCUGUUAAAGGCGCCGUGGACGAGGAUGUCAUUCAGUGCACCUUCAUCGUGAAGAGCCUUGGCACUCGGCGGCGGCGGGCAGUUAAUAGGGAUUUCUUUAUCCUCCUCGCUGUAGGGGAUCACAGGGGAGGUGAGGUUUCAUGUGUUCUUCUGUGGUCUGGAAGAUAG